UUGAAUAAAAAUAAUAGGAGGAAAUAGAGGGGCGCUGAAGAAUGGAAUUUGGCUGGAACAGUCACGGGGAAGUGUUCCAUACGUAAUUGCUUUACAACACUUAUAUAGUAUAUAUCACUCUCUUCCUCUCCAGAGUAAAUAUCACUUCUUCUCUUCUUCUUCUUCUUCUUCUUCAUGAAAACAAUAUGUCUAGCAGCUCCAUGGCAUCCAUUUCUAGUUCCUUUUUAUCAGCUUCAUAUAGAGAUAAUGAGAGACCAGACCUUGAAACCAUAAGGGCACUUGUCAUUUUAAUCAAUCAAUACAUUCUUGAAUUCAUAACAAAUGUAGAAAGAUGGCAGUCUAUAAAAAUGAGAUGCACCUCCAAGAUAAAUAUUCAAAAGCAGGAGUUCUUCGAAUUCUCCGAGCAGUCGGUUCUGUCAAAUCUUUACUGGGGUAUAGACUGUAUCGAAGCUGCAAUUCAGGCGAAAUGGCCUGAAGAGAUGACUUCAAGGCUGAAAAAUUCAGAGUCAAUGCUUCAGGUAACUGCAUUGCUUGAUGAACAUGAAGUCACAGCUGGAAUUCCAAACCGUUACUUGGUUUGUUGCUCUUACUUUUACCUCUCUGUGGUUAAGAAGCUCCAGAAGGAUGAGUUGCAGGUAGCACUGCAUUUUCUCCAAGCAUUAUCAGUUUUCCCAAGACUGAUAGGAACAGAAUUAGCACCAGAACUUUGCCAAAGUCUUUUUCCUUCAGGCACCAUGUCUAGGAGGAACUUGGAAUCUUUUUACCUUGAGGACUUUGGUAAAGAAAAUGCCACUGAAGCCAUGAGGCAGAUGGCGAAAAGAUACAAACAUUGGUUAAUGUAUUAUCAGGUCUUGAUAUACAAAGAGGCUCCACUGGUGCACUCUGGACAAACAGAUAUUUCAUCUCCUCAUGUAGAAGCAAAUUAUUCCACGCAAGAAGUAUCCAGUGGUACAGAAUCUUCGAAGGCAAUUGACCAUGGACACACCUUGCAAACUUAUUGUAACUAUGCAAAGGUGCAUCCACUUGAUCCUCACGAAAAUAUAAGUGAUGGCAAAACAUAUGAACCUAAGGGAAGCAGAGAAGUUUCAGAUAGUAAAGCUUUAAAACGUUUAAACCAAGUUCCGAGGUUACCACUUCAAACUGGCAAACCGGGACAAAAUUCAAGCAUCAAAUGCAUCCAGGAUAUGCUGCAAGAAUCUCAAUUAGAUGUGUUAAGCUCAGUUGAUUCAUGCUCUGCUGAUUUUGAGGAAAAGCUGGAGAUCAGCUUAAUUGGAAAUGAAAGAAUAAAUGCUGAUAAUCCACAACCAGAAACUUUUGAUCAGAAGCUGCAGGCUCACUGCUCUUUAUCAAGCCCAGAGUCCACAGCAAUAACUUUCACAAAAGCUCCUCAACAUUCAAUGCACAGAGAAUCUAAUGAACUAUUGAAUAUCACCAAGGAUUUUUCUAAGGGAUUCAUGAGUUCUAUAAAUGAAUUAGAUUUAUCCAUUUCUGAAUUUGGAGAUAAAAGAUCAAAUUACACUUUUUAUGAAGAAGAUUGUACAAUUCAGAGAACAUUACAGCCACAGAAAGUCCAGCUCUUUGAACACUUAACAUCUAAUUCUCUGGAGAAAUAUAGGCUUACUCAGAUGGACUGCCACGGAAGUUGUACGAAGAAAAAGCAGAAAUCGCAAGGUAGCAAAAGAUUCGAUGAAGAUUAUUCCCUUUGGGGAAGGAAUUCCAAGAGUGAAUUGCUGGAAAUAAUUGAGAAAGCCAUUUCAAGCUUAUGUUUCUCAGAAGAAUUGAGGAAAGGUGACAAAGAUUAUGCUGUAGAAGUCACUGCCAUUUAUGAAAUGCUUAAGAGCAAAACAGGAGUAAAAUACGCAAUUUUAAGGGAUGUAAUAUUGGAACAGCUGCUGACAGCCAUUUCAACCUCUAAAGAGGACACAGUAAUAAGGGCAUCAGUGUCUAUACUAACAACUAUCAUUUCAGCCAAUGUAUCAGUUGUAGAAGACAUCAAGAAGAAGGGUUUAUGUUUAAGCGACUUAGCGCGUGCUCUUAAAAGAAAUGUUCAUGAAGCAGCUAUCCUUAUCUACUUGAUAAAGCCAUCUCCUACAGAAAUAAAGACUUUAGAACUCUUACCAACACUGGCGGAGGUUGUGUGCACAUCAGACAUUUAUAAGGGUAAGCCAAAACCAAAUCUCCUGACACCUCCAGCUGCAUCAUUGAUGAUUAUUGAAGUAUUAGUAACUGCGUUUGACAAUGCUACUAAUAACAUGCACUUGGCUGCAAUCAAUUCACCCCGCGUCCUCAGUGCCCUCCUAGAUGUUACAAGAUAUCAAAAGCUGGAAGAAUUAAUCUCCUUGGCCACUGUUCUUGUAAAAUGUAUGCAGUUUGAUGGACAAAGCAGAAAAUAUCUCUCUCAGUUUAUUCCAGUGGCUCCACUUAUCUGCCUCCUUCAGAGUAAUGAGAAGCACGCCAUGUUCAUUGCUCUUGAAUUUUUUCAUGAGAUCCUUCGCAUACCAAGAUCAUCAGCCAUAGGCCUAUUGCAGCGAAUACACAAAGAAGGAAGCAUCAACAUUCUACAGACUUUAAAGCUUUCUCUCCAGCAAUUGCAGCCUGAUUACCAAAUUUUGGCAGCAAAUUUGUUGCUUCAGUUAGAUGCACUGGAAAACUCAUCUGGUAAAAGUGUGUUUAGAGAAGAUGCUAUGCAGGUCCUCCUCAAAUCAAUGGCAUCAGAAGAAAGCUGUAACACACAGCUGCUAUCUUCAUUCAUUUUCUCGAACAUUGGUGGAACUUUUUCCUGGACAGGAGAACCAUACACAGUAGCAUGGCUGGUGAAAAAGGCAAGUUUGAGCUCAUUUUGUCUUCGGAACAUGAUAAGAAACUUUGACUGGUUGGACCAAAGCCUGCAGGAUGCAGGAAUAGACUCAUGGAGCAGUAAGAUUGCCAAAAGCAUCAUUGAAAUUGGGAAACCCGUCUUCCAUGCUUUAGAGAAGGGACUAAAGAGUAAUAUAAGGAGGGUUUCUCGGGACUCUCUCACAGCUAUUGCAUGGCUUGGUUGUGAAAUUGCAAAAAGUCCAAAUAGCCUAAGAUAUUCUGCAUGUGAAAUAUUACUUGGUGGAGUUGAGGAAUUUUUGCACCCUGGAUUGGAGCUUGAAGACAGACUUUUGGCAUGUCUCUGCAUCUACAACUAUGCUUCCGGUAAAGGAUUGCAAAAAAUAAUCAAUUUCUCAGAAGGAGUGCGGGAGUCAUUGAGACGAUUUUCAAAUGUAUCCUGGAUGGCAGAGGAAUUACAUAGAGUGGCUGACUUCUAUCUUCCCAACAAAUCGCGUAUCUCUUGUGUUCACACACCAAUUCUGGAGGCAAGUUAUAAGAACAGUGGUGCUGUAACCGCCCUUAUCUACUACAAGGGACUGCUUUACAGUGGAUACUCAGAUGGUUCAAUUAAGGUGUGGGACAUCACAAUGCAAUCGGCCAUACUUGUAUGGGACAUUAAGGAGCAUAGAAAGACAGUGACUUGUUUCUCUCUUUUUGAACCAGGGGAUAGCCUUUUAAGUGGAUCUGCUGAUAAAACCAUCAGGGUUUGGCAAAUGGUCCAGAGGAAAUUAGAGCUAAUUGAAGUUAUAUCAACAAAAGAGCCAAUUCAAAAGUUAGACACCUAUGGCAAAGCCAUUUUUGCAAUCACACAAGGCCACAGAUUGAAGGUGAUUAACUCAUCCAGAACCGUGAAAGAUAUCUGCAUGAGUAAAAAAGUGAAGAGCAUGAGUAUUAUUCAAAAAAGAAUUUAUGCAGGCUGCACGGAUUCAAGCAUACAGGAAUUAGCAAUGACAAACUACCAGGAGCGAGAAAUAAAGGCACCAGCUAAGAUUUGGAGAAUGCAAAGCAAGUCCAUUAAUUCGAUUGUUGUGUAUAGAGAAUGGCUUUAUAGUGCAAGUUCAAUUGUAGAGGGUUCAAAUAUAAAGGAAUGGAGAAGACGAUGUAAGCCACAAAUAACAGUUGUUCCAGAAAAAGGAACAAGUAUACUAGCCAUGGGAGUAGUGGAAGACUUCAUAUACUUAAAUUGCAGCUACUCAGCAAGCUCUCUGCAGAUUUGGUUGAGAGGCACACAACAGAAAGUGGGGAGAAUAUCAGCAGGAAGCAAGAUAACAAGUCUCCUCACUGCCAAUGACAUUGUUUUAUGCGGUACAGAGACAGGUCUAAUCAAGGGUUGGAUCCCUCUCUAGCAAAAACAGAAGUAGCAGAUAUUGUGGUGGCAUUUUUACCAGGAGAACAAAAAGAGCUUGUGUUUAAAUCAGAAGAUCACAGCCCAUUUUAUAUAUAUAGUUGAUAGCAAAGCCCUUUUUUUUUUUUUUUUU